UGAAUUUCAAAAUAAUUUUCUUAUUUAUCCCAAAUCUUACUGCAUGACAUACAUAAUAUGGGGUAAAAAGAUCGUUUACCUAAAAUUCAGAUUUAAUUAGCCACCCCAUAUUUCCCUCUGUUAGAUGUGGGAAGCAGAGUCUGGUCCCGGGCACCGCCCUCAGAACAGAAGGCGAAGCCGUCUGGGGUCUAGAGCCAGCUUGGGAAUCCUGCACUGCGCAGCCGCCGCUUUCCAGGGACCGGCCCUGGAAGACGCCGAGGGCGGUCAAAGCGCUUUGAAAAGGGCCGAGGGCCGCGUCUGGUCGAGACCGUGGGAAAGUCUCCCCAGGAGGAGUCACCGCCCGGCCUCUUCCCGGCUCGCCUCCAACCUUGGCAGCUCUGCCACCACCUGUCCUCCCACCCAUCCGCCCACGGGUGCGGGCGGCCCCGGGCGGCUCCCGCAGUGCGCAGGCGCGAGGGCUGGGGGCGGGGCGGCCGCGCUGUCGGGCGGGAAGGGACCGGGCUGGCGGCGGCCGGCGGAGCGCUAGCCCCGCUUGACGCCAGAGCUGAGGAAGAGGUUGUGCCCAGUUAGCUCUCCCCACAGAAUGGAGAGGACGGCUUUGGCUGUCUGCGAGAUUUUGAGAUACUUAAUAAUUCGCUGGAAGUCUGAAACAGGACUGCCAAAGGACGCAUUGCUAGAAGGGCAGCUAACAAUUUCCAUAGAAGCAUUGAGCUCUAGGCACUUGCCAAAUUCUCUUCAUUGUGCAAUAACUAUUGCUUCUACAGGAAGUAUUCAUGGUGGCUUGGUCUUCAAGAAGUUUCUACAAGAAAUACAACCUGUGCUGCCCCGAUUCUCUGCACAGCUGACUUGGGCUUCAGAGGAGGGUGACCAUUCUCAAGAUACAUCAGGCAGAACAUCAUUCCAGAUGAUUUUUAAGGUUGAUGAAAGUCCUCGAAGUUUGAUGACAGACUGUCUGGUUAUAAAGCAUUUUUUACGAAAAAUCAUCAUAGUUCAUCACAAGCUCAAGUUUAAUUUCAGUUUAACGGUGAAUGGGAUCCAUUCUGCAGAGGUCUUUGGGGCAGAGAAUGAACCGACUUUGAGACUGUCCAAUGGCAUCACUCUUGCUGUGGGCUUUCAGCAUUAUGUGAGUAAGCCAAAGUUGAGUUCCAGUGGGUCACACUGCAGCAGAAUCCACCCUGUGCUCGGACAUCCAGCAGUGCUGUCCGUCCCUGACAGCACGGCCCACAUGGGAUCGGUGGGCAGACUGACACUGACUCCAGUUGCUGCCCUGUGCCCCAGCCCCAAGGGCUUCUUCAGCCAACUGAACAGGAUUUCUUCAGUUUCCAUAUUUCUGUAUGGACCUUUGGGUCUACCUCUGAUAUCAGAUCAGGAGCAGCCAAGUACCACUGUCUUCAGAGAUACCUCUUAUUUCAUUGACUGGAAGAAACACAAUUUGUUUAUGGUACCCACUUUGGAUCUCAAUUUGGAUACAGAUUUGGUGCUUCCAGAUGUGAGUUAUCAAGUGAAAUCCAGUGAGGGGAAUCAGUCUCAGGAUAUGGACUCACAGGGACCGGUUCUGCUACUUUUCCUAUUUGUGGAUUUCCACAGUGGAUUCCCAGUCCAGCAGGUGGAAAUCUGGGGACUCCAUACUCUGCUCACAGCUCAUCUCAGUGCCAUCCUCUCAGAGAGCCGCAGCCCAGUGCGAGACUCUAUCCAGUCAGCCGUGGACCAGGUCUUGGAGCGGCAUCACCAAGCUGUCCAGGCUCAUCAGAGACUGCAGGGCUCCCUCUCUGUGGCUGUGAACUCCAUCAUGAGUGUGCUGACUGGAAGCACCUGCAGCAGCUUCAGGACGACAUGCCUCCAGGCUCUUGAGGCAGCUGACACACAGGAAUUCGGGACCAAACUGCACAGGAUCUUUUACGAUGCCACCCAGCACAGACUUCGGUCCCACUGCUCAUGUGACACAGAGCAGCACUCGACUCCAGAGAAAAGGCAUUCGGCCCAGAGUACCGAAGGCUGGCAUGAGACUAUCGGCCCGGAGUCCCUUGUAGAGACCAGCGGGCAAGCAGAAAACAAGAAGCUCAAGAGAAGCCCCAACCAGGGCGGGGAAGAAUCGCAAGCUCUGUGCCCCGCCAGGGAUCUGAGCCCUCCAGAGUCCGCCACAGGCCACCACGAGCCCACCGUGGCCUCCCCAAAUGCCAGAGGAUCGCGGGCCCAAGCGGCCCCCGGCAGGGUCCCGGCGGCUGACGCAGCGAGCCCUGCCGGCGGCCUGGAGGUAGUAUGGCGAGCGCGGGGUGGGUGCGGGCCUGGGCUGCUGCCGCUGGGUCCUCACCACUGUCUCCUCUGCUCCCGCAGGACUUGUGGCUGCAGGAGGUCUCCAAUCUGUCCGAGUGGCUGAGUCCGGGGCGCAGGUUCUAAUCGCCCGCUACUGAGGAUCCCAGCGGGCCAGAGAAGCCCGGGACACGUGUGUCAUGUCUUCUGGGGUUCAAUAAAACUGCUGCAAGCACAGCCUAUCGACUACAGUGCAAAGGGAGGGGCGCCCCAGGGGCGCCGGCCGCUCGCGCCGCCGCCUGACGUCAUCCACGCAGCGCGUCACUGCUGUGCGCCACGGGUCCGGGCGUGAUGGCGGCGCUGGGCGGGGACGGGCUGCGCCUACUGUCGGUGUCGCGGCCGGAGCGGCAGCCCGAGUCAGCCGCGCUGGGCCCGGGGCUGUGCUGCUGGGUGUCCGUGUUCUCCUGCUUCAGCCUCGCCUGCUCCUACGUGGGCAGCCUCUACGUGUGGAAGAGCGAGCUGCCCAGGGACCACCCUGCUGUCAUCAAGCGGCGCUUCACCAGUGUCCUGGUGGUCUCCAGCCUGUCCCCUCUUUGCGUGCUGCUCUGGAGGGAACUCACUGGCAUCCAGGCACAUCACUGCUCACCCUGAUGGGCUUCAGGCUGGAGGGCAUUUUCCCAGCAGCUCUGCUGCCCCUGCUGCUAACUAUGAUCCUUUUCCUGGGUCCACUGAUGCAGCUCUCUAUGGAUUGCCCGUGUGACCUGACAGAUGGGCUGAAGGUUGUCCUGGGUGAGUCUUCAAGACUGAGAAAAAGCCCCUCGUUCUUGGGCCCGCUGCCUCACAGACAUGCGCUGGCUACGGAACCAAGUUAUUGCACCCUUGACAGAGGAGCUGGUGUUCCGGGCUUGCAUGCUGCCCAUGUUAGCGCCAUGCACAGGUCUGGGCCCCGCUGUGUUCACCUGCCCACUCUUUUUUGGAGUUGCCCAUUUCCAUCACAUCAUUGAGCAGCUACGGUUCCGCCAGAGCAGUGUGGGGAGUAUCUUCUUGUCUGCAGCCUUCCAGUUCUCCUACACUGCUGUCUUUGGUGCUUACACGGCUUUCCUCUUCAUCCGCACAGGACACCUGAUAGGGCCGGUCCUCUGCCACUCCUUCUGUAACUACAUGGGCUUCCCGGCCGUGUGCGCAGCCCUGGAGCAUCCACACAAGUGGCCGCUGCUGGCAGGCUACGCUCUCGGUGUGGGACUCUUCCUGCUUCUGCUUCAACCCCUGACGGACCCCAGGCUCUAUGGCAGCCUUCCCUCUGUCUGCUUUUGGAACGAACCGGCGGAGCCUCAGAGACCCUGCUGUGCUCCUGACCAUCACUCUUGUGCAUACUCCAGUGAACUCUUGACGGGCUCGCCAGCCCCUCCCUAUCAAGAAAUACUGCAGAGGAGGGGCUGGCUGGGGUCCCCGAGAUCUCAGGAAUUUUUGUAGGGGAUUGAAGCCAGAGCUAGUUGAACCCCAGGGACCAAGAGAAAGGAGCAGAUACCCAAAGGGUGCGGCUUCUCAAAGAGGGGCUGAGGAGCACCUGGACAUGAGGGACAAGGACAGAUCUAGGAGCACUCCCUCUUUGGACUGCUGCUUCUCUUAGCUCUCCCCUCAGCCCCUCCGAAAAGCUGCUCGGUGGGUUUAUUUAUAAAACCCCUCCUCCCAACUUCCCAGGGUUUUCUCACUGUCUUUUUGCAUCAAGACUUUGUAUUGGGAUAUUAAAGAGAUUUAACUUGGGUAA